AUGGACAUCAAGGAAUAUUUCACCAGGAUUUCUUACCAGGGCUCCUAUGAUAAGCCAGACCUGGCUACUUUGACUGAUAUAUUCCAGCACCACAUCCGAACAGUCCCUUUUGAAAACCUCAGCAUCCACUGCGGGGAAAGCAUUGAGCUGAACCUGGAAGCGACUUACAACAAAAUAGUGAGGAAAAACCGUGGGGGCUGGUGCAUGGAAAACAACCACCUUUUAUCUUGGGUCCUUAAAACCCUCGGCUAUGAUGUCACCCUUCUGGGAUCAAAAGUUUAUGUCCCAGAAUAUGACGCAUAUGCAGAUGAAAUCGAUCAUCUGCUGCUAAAAGUGGUGCUUGAUGACAGAUCUUUCAUUGUGGAUGGUGGGUUUGGGAUGGCUUACCAGAUGUGGCAGCCAAUGGAACUGAUUUCGGGGACAGACCAGCCGCAGGCUCCUGGUGUCUUUCGCUUCCUGGAGAAGAGCGGGGUCUGGUACCUUGAGAAGGUGAAGAGGAAGCAGUGGGUUCCCAACCAAAGCGUCUCUGCUUCCUAUAACACAGAAGAAGAAGUUUGCCGUCGGGUUUAUCUCUUCACCCUUCAGCCACGAGACAUCGAAGAGUUCCGAGCCUGCAAUGCCCACCUGCAGACAGCGCCCGACUCGCUGUUCGUGACAAAGUCUAUCUGCAGCCUACAGACCGCCGAUGGCAUCAGGGCUCUGGUGGGGUGGAAAUUCACUGAGAUAAAGUACAGUUAUAGGGAUAAUAUGGAUCUGGUGGAAAUCAGAAUCCUCACAGAUGAAGAAAUGGAGAAAACACUGAAAGAGAAAUUCAAUAUCACACUAGGCAAGAAAUUUGUACCCAUCAACACAAGCAGGUUGUCUCUGUUUUAA